AAAAACCACUAGGCGGGGGGUUGUUCAGAGUUGACACCUCCUCCUCUCUCUCUCUCUCUCUCUCCUGUUUCUCUCUCUGGUGCGAAAUUUUCUUCUCUCUCCUCGAUUCGAUUCGUAAAUUGCUGCUUCGAUCGGGUGAGUUUCUCUGUUUUUUUUUGGUUGUAUGCAUGAUUAAUGAAUUUAUCGCGCUGGCGUCGUUUUGAAGCCUAAAUUGGCAGAUUUUAGCUUUCGUUUGUGUAAUUUACGCUUUUGGAGAAUCGGUGAAACCCUAGAUCUCGCUCGUUUCUGUUUUGGAUCUAGGGUUUUUAAACGUUACGAGCUCGUAAUUUUAGGUUUCGUGGCGAAUUAGUUAGGAUCGAUAGGGUAAGGGUUAGGAGUUUAGGUCGAUGGCUACGGCUCCUCCAUUUCAAGUGGAGGAUCAGACGGAUGAGGAUUUCUUUGACAAAUUAGUUGAUGACGAUGACGAUGGCGAGUUUAAGCCUGCUGCACCGGCCGAAAACGGGAGUGAUUCCGAUGAGGCGAAAACAUUUGCGAAUUUAAGUAUUGGUGAAGAAAAGGGGGAAGCGGUCCGCGGAGAUCUUAACGGCGCGUCGUCGGAUGGGAAUGUUGAGGAGAGUAGGAGGUCGCUGCCUCUGUCCGAUUCGUUUGUUUUCGAUAGUGGGGUUGAACCUGAUGGUGUGGUUUUGGGAACGAAUACAGUGGGUUCUCUUGCUUCGUCCGAUUCGUUUGUGUUUGAUAGUGUGAUUGAAUCCAAUGACAUGGAUAUAGGGACAGAGGAGGUGAUUUCAGAUUCGGCGAUUAGAAAGAGUAAUGAAUCUGCUGGUUCGGGUGUUAAGGAGGUGCAAUGGGCUGCGUUUAAUGCAGAUUCUGGAGAGCAUGCUAGUAAUGGGUUUGGAUCGUGUUCAGAUUUUUUCAGUGAAUUGGGAGAUGGUGCAGUUGAUCCUCUUGGGAAGGUAGAGGAUAAUUUUGGUACUCAAUCAAAGAUCGUAUCUAGCAAUGAAGAAGUUAAAACUAUGCACGGUGACGACGAAUACGGUGAUGCUCAAUAUCAAGAGAAUGUAAAAGCUUAUGAGGCAGGAAUCGGACAAAGUGGAGAUGAGCUGGGUAUAAAUGGGAGUCAAUAUUUGGAGAAUCAAAGUUACGGGGCAGGUAUUGGACAAGCUGCAGAUGGGCAGGAUCUAAAUAGUAGUCAAUCUUUGGAGGAUCUUUAUCCUGGGUGGAAGUAUGACCCGAAUACUGGGCAAUGGUACCAAAUUGAUGGUUAUGAUGCUGCGAAUAAUAUACAAGGGAGCUUCAACUCCAAGAGUUCCGAAAAUUGGGCCGUUUCUGACGGAAAUUCUCAGGCUUCUUACUUGCAGCAUACAGCUCAGUCUGCAAUUGGCACUGUAACCGAAAGUGGUGCGAAAGAGAAUAUAGCUAACUGGAAUCAGUUGUCUCACGGGAAUGUCACAACUGAGAGUGUCACUUAUUGGGAUCAGGCUUCACAAGAGACUGGUGGUGCUGAGAGUGUGUCUAGUUGGAAUCAGGUUUCACAAGGGAAUAAUGGGUACCCAGCACAUAUGGUUUUUGACCCUCAAUACCCUGAUUGGUAUUAUGAUACAAUUGCCCAGGAGUGGCAAUCACUGGAGACCUACAUCUCAUCUGUUCAAUCAACAAGUCAAGCUCAGGGUCUGCCUAAUCAAAAUGGUUUUGCAUCAACUGGAACAUUUUCUCAUGAAAAUGACCAAAAGAGUUAUGUUGACUACGGGCAAGUGAAUGCAUCAUCUGGAACAUUUUCCCAUGAAAAUGAACAAAAGAGUUAUGUUGACUAUGGGCAAGUGAAUAAUCAUCAGCUUCAAGGGUUUGGUGCUCAAAGCCAGGAGUCCAACUGGACUGGUUCAUCAAGCAAUUACAAUCAGCCAGGUUUGAAUAUGUGGCAACAACCUGCGAAUGUUGGCAAGAGCGAGGCUCCUGUGAAUUUUAGUGGAAAGCAGCAAUGGGAGGAUGAUCACAGUUCACAUUACUCAAUGAGCAACCAUGUCAGUCAACAGAAUACCUAUGAAUCGAGGGGUACAGUCCCAUCUUACGAUAAUAAAGCAACUCAGAGUAGUACUCAUGGUUUUGUUCCUAGUUGGAACUUCAGCCAGCAGCUUAAUCAGCCGAGCAUGCAGCAGUAUGAACAAAUGCACGUGUCGAAAGAUUACAGUGGCAAUCAAAGCAUAAUUAGUGACUCACAGCAACAGUUUCAGACUGGCCAUCAACUUUCUUUCGAUCCUAAUGGGGGAAGGUCAUCUGCAGGCCGUCCUCCGCAUGCAUUGGUUACUUUCGGGUUUGGUGGGAAACUCAUUGUGAUGAAAGAUAGUUCUCUCAGUGCUUCAUCCUAUGGGAGCCAGGGUCCUCUAGGAGGCUCAAUAUCUGUCCUCAAUGUGAUGGAGGUUGUCACAGAGAAAACUGAUUCAUCAAGUGGAGGAGGUGCUCUAGAAUAUUUCAAUAUACUGAGCAGACAGUCCUUCCCUGGUCCCUUGGUUGGAGGGAAUGUUGGUAGUAAAGAGCUGAACAAGUGGAUUGAUGAGAGGAUUGCGGUUUGCAAGUCUCCUGAGGUGGACUACAGGAAAGGGGAAAUUUUGCAGUUGCUUCUGUCGUUGCUCAAGAUAUCUUAUCAGUAUUAUGGAAAGCUUCGAUCUCCGUUUGGCUCUGACACGUCCAAGGAAAGUGAUGUUCCAGAAGCAGCAGUUGCUAGACUUUUUACUUCCGCCAAGAGGAAUGGUGAGCAAUUCUGUGACUAUGGUGCUCUUGCCCACUGCUUGCAGAAAUUGCCAUCUGAAGGACAGAUGCAGGCAACUGCUGCUGAGGUCCAAACUCUUCUGGUUUCUGGUAGAAAAAAAGAGGCUUUACAUUGUGCAACUGAGGGUAAGUUAUGGGGGCCUGCACUUGUUCUUGCUGCACAACUUGGUGACCAGUUUUACGUUGACACCGUGAAGCAAAUGGCGGUUUGCCAGCUAGUGUCUGGCUCACCUUUGCGGACCUUAUGCCUGCUAAUUGCUGGUCAACCAGCAGAUGUGUUCUCUGCAGACACCACAUCUGAUAGCAGCAUUUAUGGUGCUGUAAAUAUGUCUCUGCAGCCUUCACAGCUUCAGGGUGGCACUACUGGUAUGCUAGACAAUUGGGAAGAGAAUUUGGCAGUAAUAACUGCUAAUAGAACAAAGGAUGAUGAACUUGUGCUUAUUCAUCUUGGAGAUUGCUUGUGGAAAGAUAGAAGUGAAAUUAUUGCAGCACACAUUUGCUACUUAGUUGCUGAAGCGACUUUUGAGCCAUAUUCAGACAGUGCAAGAUUGUGUCUUAUUGGAGCAGAUCACUUGAAGUUCCCUCGAACAUAUGCUAGUCCAGAUGCUAUUCAGAGGACAGAGUUAUAUGAAUAUUCAAAGCUGCUUGGUAAUGCUCAGUUUGUCCUGCUACCAUUUCAACCGUAUAAGCUUAUAUACGCACAUAUGCUGGCUGAAGUGGGAAAAGUAUCGGAGUCAUUGAAGUACUGUCAAGCGGUAUUGAAAUCUCUAAAAACUGGUCGAUUGCCCGAAGUGGACAUGUGGAGAAAACUCGUCUCAUCGCUUGAGGAAAGGAUACGGACUCACCAACAGGGUGGAUACUCCACAAACUCUGCUCCAGCAAAAUUAGUGGGGAAAUUGCUCAACCUUUUUGAUAAUACUGCUCAUCGUGUUGUUGGGGGCCUACCUCCGCCUGUACCAUCGAUGUCACAGGGUGGUGCACAAGCUAAUGAACAUUACCAGACCAUGGGGCCUAGAGUAUCAACUAGUCAAUCAACCAUGGCUAUGUCAUCACUAAUGCCUCCAGAAUCAAUGGAGCCCAUCAGUGAAUGGACCGCUGGUGGCACUAGAAUGACAAUGCAUAACAGAAGUGUUUCAGAGCCAGAUUUUGGUAGAACCCCUAGACAGGUACAUUCAUCAACGGAAGCGUCAUCAUCCAGUGCACAAGGCAAAGCAUCUGCGUCCCGCUUUGGUCGUUUCAGUUUUGGUGCGCAGCUCUUGCAAAAGACCGUGGGGUUAGUCUUAAAGCCUCGUCAGGACCGACAGGCAAAGUUGGGCGAACAGAAUAGAUUUUACUACGAUGAAAAGCUCAAGAGAUGGGUAGAGGAAGGGGCUGAAGCCCCUGCCGAAGAAGCAGCCCUGCCGCCUCCACCAACAAUUCCAGAAUUUCAUAAUGGAAUGUCAGAUUCCAACUUUAGAAGUGCUUCAAAAGACGACGGGCCUUCUAAUAACGGAAACCUGGAAUAUAAAAGCACUAGUCCUUUGCAACAUAGUUCAGGAAUUCCACCCAUUCCAUCUGCUUCAAACCAAUUUUCAGCUCGUGGACGAACGGGUGUCCGAUCGAGGUAUGUUGACACCUUCAACAAAGGUGGUGGGAACCCAACAAAUUUGUUCCAAUCACCUUCAGUUCCAUCUGUUAGACCUGCUAGUGGCGCCAAUCCAAAAUUUUUUGUUCCGUCACCUGUAUCCUCAAGUGAACAGACAUUAGAUACUACAGAUAAUGUGCAAGAAACCACAGCAACUAAUGAAAGUUCCUCAAUACCCACUGCAAAUAACUCAUUCCACUCUCCUCCUACAUCGAUGACUAUGCAACGGUUUCCAAGCAUGGACAACAUCUUAAACAACAGGACAGUUACAAACGGUAGUGUCUCUCUUUCAUCUCAUUCACGACGAACAGCUUCAUGGAGCGGAGGGUUAAACAAUGGUUACAUUCCUCCACAGAAGACUGAGGUGAAACCUCUUGGGGAGGUAUUAGGUAUGCAACCCUCGUCAUAUGUACCCAGUGAACCUUCUUUGGCACACUUGCCGAGGAAUGGUGGCAGUUUUGGGGAUGAUCUUCAUGAAGUAGAACUUUGAGCCGCGGACAAGUAAAUUGUCAAGUUUUUGAAUGAUCCUAAUCAUGCCCUUCGUCUCCCAGUGCAAAAUGUUGGUAGCCGCAGUAUCGGGGUGGAUUGACCGAGAUAAUUUAUUUUCUUUUCCCCUUUAUCUUCCACCCCAGUUGUAUGUUAAUUUUGGUAUACUGUUGAGCCUACUUAAAUAUUUACUUUUAGGGUUAGGUUUGUUUGUUCUUCAGGAGUCGAACACCAUGUGAUGCUUAAGGAGCUGGUGUUCUUAGUAUAAAGGGAUGGAAGCGUGCAACGGCUCUGAUGUACAGUUCAUUUUUUCAUUUAUUCCAGAAUGAAAAUGUCCAUUGAAGAAGAUAGGAGAAACGUGAUGCGAAAUUCGCGGAAGGAGAAAGAUAUAGUGUAUUAACUAGGAAAAUAAGAUUGCCUUGCCUCUUUGUUGCAUUCCAAGGCCCGGAGAGGUUCAAAUUAAGAAAGGGCAGGCAAGAGGUUAAAGUCAGUUUUUGUUGAAUCCAAUUCUUUGGCUUUUGUGAAUGCAAACAGUGAGAUAAAAUUCUUCUUGUUACUUUAUUUAGGACGCUUCAUCCUUCUA